UUCGACUAAAUUUCACGUUACGAAGUCACACAUGUUAAUUAUAAACUUGACUAAGAUGUUUUAAUUUUUUAGACCUUUUAAAAAAUAUUCUUAUAUGUAUGGAUCCCCUAAACAGAAGACUAAUCAUAUACCAGAAGUCUUAUUUUGAAUUAUCUCGUUCACUCUUAAUUAUUCAAAAAUUGAUGUUUUAUUAUUUAAACGAUCCAACCGUACGGAUGUUAAUAAAAUAAUCUCAUCAACGUCGACACAAAAAUUCAGAUGAUUUCGAUGAAUCGAAAUACACUUUUAUAACGUUUUUAUAAUAAUACUUUAUAUAAACAAAAUAUUAAAUUAAUAAAAUAUUUUCCCAAAAACACAAAACCGACCGACUAUACAGUAAAACCGACCGACCUUGAAAAAUUACGCGGAAAAUGAAUUUUUUCGUGAAAAAUUAAAACACCCGCGCGACAGAAACGACGUCGUUUGAUGGUACUGCACAGAUUUCCAGGUCAAAACCGACCGGAUUGCCGGUCGGUUUUGGUGCGUCAGUAUAUAAACAAAAAAAAGCCCCCCUUUCCUCUUUUAUUCUCACACGAACGACAGUACUCUGCACCCCUUUCCUCUCCAAACUCUUUCAAACUCCAAACUCGAAUCAAACCCUCUCCUAACUCUUUCAAGGCAAGAAUCAAGUGCAAUGGCGGCAAGAAUCAAGAAUCGGAAACCCUCUCCAAAAUCCUCUUCAAUGGGCACCUUGUGGUGGUUUGUCAUCCUUGUGGUGAUGAUCAUUGCCUUAAUGGCAAGAAAAGGCAAGGGCAAGGGGAAGGCCAAGGAGACAACCAAAGGCAAGGGAAAAGGGAAAGCCAAGGAGACAACUUCCACUCGGAAGGGUAAAGGAAAGUCUAGCACCUUGGCUAUACGUGAUGAGCCAACUGAUUCGGAUGAAGGCGGGGAGAAUCCGAAUGAAGAGGAAGUUCCAAGACGAAGGGUAAUUAGGAGGCCACGAUCCCAUUCAGCCGGUUUGUUUGGAAAAGUCCCUCCGAAACCAAUCCGUAUCAAUAUUUCAGGAGGACAUAUUGAAGAUGAUCAAGCAAAGAAGACUUUGCUUGCUAUUGUUCGUGAAAGGUGGCCCGUUGGACAUUACACGUUCACCGACAUUGUUGAACAUGAUGGUGAAUGGCUAAAACACGUAGUCGAGGAAUUUAAUUUAUAUUUCAAGCAACAAAAGGGACAAAGCCGGUCCGAAGCAAAAAAUAUAAUUGAGAAGCAUAUCAAGAACACAAUAAAGAGGACGUUGAAUGAGCUCAAGACAAAUAUUGAGCAAAAAUCAAAGGAAAGCGGAAUAUCAAAAUUGAGUUUAAGACCUGGAUAUUGGUCUGAACUUUUUUGGAAGGAUUUAUUAAAUUAUUGGGAAAAGAAUGAGGGGCACUUGCAUAGGUCAUCCGUUGGAUCUACGAACCGCAAGAACGUCGAGCGGUUGCAUAGUGCCGGUGCCCGGUCUUUUAAUAAAGUGAAGGAGGAAAUGAAAAGGAAGGAACGUGGAAAGAAUCCAACUCGCCUUGAAGUAUGGAACCGGACGCAUACAAGGGUUGGAAGUGAUCCCGAGCACCCCGUGUAUACCACGCCUGCUGCAAUGGCCAUAGCGACACGAUAUGCUUCUAUUCUAGAAAGCAGGCCGGUGUCGGUUACACAAACAGGGGAUAGAGACGAGCCCUUGGAAUGGUGGUUGUCAGCAACCGGAGUUCCCGAAGGCAAAAAGCCUAAGAAGGACUACCUUGUUGGAUUCCCCGAGGCUCGUGCUAGUCAACUUAUUCCGACUCUUGCCUCACGUUACAGGGAUUCAACAAGAGGCGAAGCCGGUGGAUCUUCCGGUCAGAGACAAGAAGCCGUCAUUCCCGACAAUGUGUACCUCUCGGUCGUGCGCAAUGUGCUCAAUGAGGUCCGUGCGAACCCCCUUCAAUUUCAGCGACAAAUGUCUGAAGAAGAGAUCGCGAAUUUUGCAAAAACCGCACUAGAGGCCUCCGAUCCAGCUGCCGAUCCAAGUACAAGGGUUCAAUGGAAUUCUAUGAUUGGUGGGGAGAUGGUACACAUUGUGGGGUCGAUGGUCGAGGAUAUACUCCUCAAAAUGGAAAGGAAGGUUGAAGAGGAAAAGGAACGCAGACUCGCAGCGGAGAAGGAUUAUACUGAUCCAGAGGAGCUGUCGGAGGAGGAACGCGGGGGACCCGAAGCUGGUGCUGAUGCGGGUGCCAAUGCUAGUGCUGCUUCGGGAGCGGAUGCUAGUGCUGCUUCGGGAGCGGAUGCUAGUGCUGCUUCCGGAGCGGGUGCUACUGCCGCUGCGGAUGGAGCUGCUUCCGAUUCAGAUGUUACAUUAGAUUAGUUUGGCUUUUGAAUAUUUGUGUUUUGAAUAUUGUGUUUAAGUUGGAUUUGGAAUUUGGUUAAUGCUUGUGUUUUGCCCUUGUAGACAAUUAUAAGUUUGAUGUUUGGGAUUGUAGUUAUGGUAC